UGUCCUUCUCUUUAUAGAUGCUUCAAGCAAGAUAUCAAAAACCAGCAAGAGAAAGAAGAACAACUCAGAAACAUGGCUGGGGGAAGUGCAAGUUCUGUGCAAAGCGUAGUACUGAACGAAGAUCGGAUUAACAAGGCGCUUGCUCUGUCCUUGAAGGCUCACAGAUCACCGGAGAAGCCUUACCUUGUUGAAAAGAUUGGCAGCAACAGCGGCCCUAAGAAAGUCAUAAUUAGCUUCCCAGGCUGUGGAUCUGUAAAGGACUGGUAUUCUGAAACGCCCUUUGGAGAAUCUCAAAUAAAUCUCUCUCUCUUUCCCUCGCUUAAAAGUGUUGGCAAUGAUGAAGCUGCUUUAGUGAAUAAAUCAUUUCUGCAGAGAUUUGAAGCCAUUUUAGGCAAGACAUCUUUCACUGAUGUGGUAGAGAAAGCGAUUGGAAAAAAGAAGGAGGUAAUAUUUUCAGGGCACUCUUCUGGUGCUGCAGUGGCCAUUCUAGCAACCCUAUGGGCCUUGGACAAAUACCUAACUCCAGACAACAACCAGUUCCCUCUUUUGUGUUUCACUUUUGGGUCUCCCUUAAUUGGUAAUCACAUUUUGUCUCAUGCUACAAGACGAGAAAAGUGGUCCAAUUACUUCAUGCAUUUUAUCAUGAAAUAUGACACAUUGCCAAGAAUCCUGCUUGCUCCUCUCUCUUCAUGGGAUCAAAGAUUCGACCCUGUUCUUCAAUUUUUCAACCCCAAAUCUAAAUAUUUUGGGAACGAAUCAGUAGUAGCACAAAGUUUGACUUCAGAGUUCUACUUUAAUGUCAUGAUAAAUGCAGCAAAUGCUACAAGCCACGCGGCAUGUAAGCUCAUGGGCAACACAAAUGCAGUAUCAGAAACGCUAGCGAGUUUUAUUGCUUUAAGCCCUUACAGACCUUUUGGAACAUACAUUUUCUGCACUGGAAGUGGAAAGCUGAUUAUCAUAAGAAACCCAGAUGCUGUUCUUCAGCUCCUGUUUUUCUCUGCUCAAUUAAACAAUGAAGCAGAAGCUCCUCAAAUUGCCUACAGAUUCCUGAAAGAACAUUUCAUGUAUGCUGAUGAACUGAAAGAAAGCUUGGCAAUGCAAAAUGCGGUUUACUUGGACCAACUAGAGACUUUACUUUCGUCUGCUGACGGUCCACAUGGCGAUAAUGCAGCAACCAACAUGGCCUUGAACGACCUUGGACUUAGCAAAAGAGCUAGGCUGUGUCUUGGGGCUGCGGGGAAGUUGGAGAAACAAAAGAUCGGAAACGAGGAGCAAAUUGACCUGGAGAAAGCUGAAAAACAUAUGGAGGAACUGCAACAAUACAAGGCAAUAAACGGGAGAGUUAGCUAUUAUGAAGCCUUCAAGCGGCAAGACUACGAAAGUGACUUCCUAUCAAAUGUAAACAGGCUGAGGCUUGCGAGUGUAUGGGAUGACAUAAUUGAAAAGUUAAGAAACUAUGAACUGCCAGAUGAAUUUGAAGGCAAGCCAGAAUUGGUCAAGUGUGGAACCCAGUAUCGACGUCUGGUGGAGCCGCUGGAUGUUGCCAACUAUUACCGGCAUGUGAGGAACGACGUCACAGGACCUUACAUGGAAGGAAAAGGCAGGCCAAGGCGAUACAAAUACACCCAAAGAUGGUUGGAGCAUGCAAGGAGAAAGCCGAAAGGAGCUUACUCAGAGUCGUGCUUAAUGGCAGAGGUGGAAGAACUGUGGAUUAAAACUGAACAAGGCACGCCAUUUGAACAAGUUAAGGAACGUGUUCUGAGACUUGAAGGAGAUAUCAAACGAUGGAGUGACGAAGAGGUACUCUCCAACUAUGUAUUGUUGGAGGGUUCGACCCUUGUGAAGCUGUGGAACCAGCUUCCCAACCAUCACAAGGAAAGAUCCUGCAUAAGAAGUCUCAUAUUGAAGGAUUAAUGUACCAUCAUAUUAUGUAUAUUGUGAUGUGAUAAUUGUUUGUAUUAUUUAGUUUGCUGGCCACCGUUAUUGGUGAGUGAAGCCACCUGUAUUUGCUUUUGUUGGGCCGUGAGGAGGUUUUUAAGAGACAUUAAAAUGUUGCCAAUAAGGCAGAAAACCGUUUGUCGAAUAUGCAUGCAUAGAUUUAGAUAAGUCCUUCCGGGACCCGGGGUGGUCCUAAUCGAUCGUUUUUGGUGUAGGAGAAAACUCCCAACAAGCGUCCACAGGAAACGAUGAUUUCCCCGGGAGAACACUGCCCUCUCGAUAUGUGGGUUUACACACAUUUCUUCUCACCUUUUACACCUUUUUUAUUAAUAUAAAAAA